UUGUUCAUUUUACUAACAUUUAUAUAUUCUUAAACAUGAAAGACUAUCAAAUUAAGCCUUUUUGUUCACAAACACCAUCAUAAAUAUUAUUGGAUUUAAAAAUAAUUAAAAAUAUUUGGCAAUAAAAUCUAGAAAAUAAUAAUUUAGCUUCUUCUCCCAAUUAAAAAAGAGAGUGAGAGAGAGAGGAGCUAUUGUUUUCUUUGGAGUGAUUGAUUACUAUAAAAGUCCACAACGGCAAGGUUUUGGAGGUUUAGCCUUUGUUUUUUGGUUUGAGAUUCCUACUUCUAUCAGGAUUAGGGUUUACAAGUUCUAUUUGUUCCUGAAUUAGGAUUUUGUCUAAGGCGGCUAGGUUUUUCUUUGACCUUUCUUUCUCUCUAUUCCAUAUAAUGUUAUUCUGCCUUCCUUUUUUUUCAUCAUAAUACACUCCCACUACCUUGAAAAGUUCUUACAAAUUUUCCCACUUCCUUUAUUCAAUUCCCAUACUUUAGCUUUGAAAAUUCUCAGCUUUUCUCUUUAAAUUCGUUCUUUGAUCCAAAUCCUCAUCUGGGUAUUUUUUAUUCUUUGCUGAGUAUUGAGCAUUAAUCGUCUCCAUUCUCAAGUUAUUCAAUUUUGAUUUUUUUAAUACUGGUUUAAUCAGAUAGCAUUGAUCCAAUUCACUUUGGCAGUUGACUUCGGUAGAUUAAUUAAAAGUUAAAGUUUUGGGAUAUUGUUGGAUUCGAUUUUAAGCCUUUACUGAUUAUCAUUAUGAGUUAUCCUGAAUCUUGCUCUUCCUUUAUGAGACAGCAUCAAUCAACUUAUGCUGGCAGUGAUGCCAUUGGGAUUUGGCCUGAAUUUGCUAUGAAUGAUGGGCAAUUUGACCCACAUUCAGAGGUUGAACAACAACAACAACCUCCCUUCAAAAGACCUAGACAUUCUGACGAUAGCCAAUCGAAUGUUGUGCGAUGCACGCCCACAAAUUUCAGGAUGCCUUUAAAUCCUGCAGUCAAUAAGGGAACGAGUAAUAUUUUCUUUAAAACUCGUAUGUGUUCGAAAUUUAGAUUGGGUACUUGUAGGAAUGGUGAAGGUUGCAAUUUUGCUCAUGGCAUUGAGGAUCUGCGUCAGCCCCCUCCUAAUUGGCAAGAACUUGUUGGUGGAUGCGAUGAAGAACGUACAUCAGGGAAUUGGGACGAUGAUCAGAAGAUAAUCCAUCGGAUGAAGCUCUGUAAGAAGUUUUAUAAUGGCGAGGAAUGUCCAUAUGGGGACAGAUGUAAUUUUCUUCAUGAAGCCCCAUCAAAGUUCAGGGAUGAUAUGGGGAGAUUUAGGGAGAGUUCAGCUAUUAGCAUUGGCACAACAGGCCCAUCUGCAGGGCAUGGAACUGCAUCUGAUCAUUCAGAAGGAAAUAGGCCUUUAAACAACACUGAUUCAGAUGCUUUUCGAGGAAAUAUGAAGCCUAUGUAUCCUGUCUAUUGGAAAACAAAGUUAUGUAUUAAGUGGGAGACAACAGGUCACUGCCCCUUCGGUGAGAAAUGUCACUUUGCUCAUGGGCAAUCAGAGUUGCAGGGGAUAGGUGUACGUGUUGAUGGGGACCUGGGGAAUACAGGGCCUGGUUUGGCAAGAACUGCUUCCAUUUCAACAAAAAUUCACAACCUUCCUGCUGAUGAUCCACCUACGGUGACAGCUAGUGUCCGUUCUUUAAAUGAAGAAGCACAAGCUAAGAAAUGCUUGUUCAAAUGGAAAGGACCGAGGAAAAUCAAUAGGAUUUAUGGCGAUUGGCUCGAUGAUCUGCCAUUGGUACACAAUUUGCCCAGUCAGGUGGAGAGUUGAGUUCAAAACUUCAAAUUCAAGUUUAAUAUCGGACCUGAAGAUUUAAGAUUAUUCUUUUGAGUUCUGUUUUCGAGGUUUUGGCCUCCAUUGAAUCAUUUAAAAAGUAUGCAACUUCUUUUUCCUUUUCUUUAUUUUAUAAAAGAAAUUAUUUUCCUUUUCAAAUUAUUGUAUCUCAGCUACAAGCUAUGCUUGUUUUGUCUGGUCAAAUAGGGUUUCUGUUUUCCUUCCUUUGUUACCCUUCUUUUAAGGGUUGAAAAAUCAAAUAAUUGUGUUUAGAUAAUGUAAGUAUCAAAAUCAAAGCUAGAGUUUGAGUAAAGAUAUAUCCAAUCAAUUAUCUUUUUAUUGCAUUAAUAAUGGUUUCUUUUUAAGC